AUGGGCUGUCAGACGUCAAAGGACGUUCUGCCCAUUAGUCCCACUGAACAACGUCUCAGUAUGAGUCAGAUUUACAUUCAAACUACGUCCAAACACUUUGCCCAUGAGAAUGGUGUCCCGCUCUCAGUAGCCGGUCGACCGGCUACGAGCGACUCGCAUCGGGACGUCUUUACCAUUUUUGGAGAGCGUGGCAUGUCCGUAGAAGUCAAUGAAGAUGUCGUGUCACCUUCAGCGAGUAAUUGCUCACCUGCCAGUCCCAGUGGGAGCGUCUUCUCUACCGCUACAACUGCUUCAGAUACAGAGCGGACAUUGGUACUACAUCGACCUGCAGGUCAAUAUUUUCCAGACCUUCGAGUGAGUUACGGUAUUUAUUCAGACACGGGCGUUCGUAAGGACAAUGAAGAUAGACAGACAAGUACAGCACGAACAAUUGGGGACGAUCUUGUAGCCUUUUUUGGACUCUAUGAUGGCCAUGGAGGACCUGAAGUUGCCGAAUACUUGGCUCAAAACUUUCACGAGAAUGUCUUUAAUCAUCUCGUGAAAUCUACAAAUGAAUUAAAAGCUACAAGGAACUUGAAAACACCAGACACGGUUCUUAUGGAUGCUGUAAGGACAGCAUGUGCAGCUACAGAUGAAGAAAUUUUCAAACAGCAAUUACCAAGUGGGUCCACUGCCGUAUCGGUUGUUGUCCGAGGCAAUACAGCACUUGUGUCGUCUGUAGGGGAUUCACAGGUUGUUUUGUCUACUAAUGGAAAAGCCAAGGAUAUGUGCAUUGUACACACACCAGACCUUUCUAGUGAACGAGAUCGGAUUCUUGCAGCUAAAGGACAGAUCUCUAAGGGCAGGAUCUAUGGUAUGCUCGGAGUAUCACGUGCCUUUGGAGACAUUGAUUUUAAGACUGGGCGGGGGGAGUUUAAGAGCCGAUUCAAUGGAGAUUUAGUUUGUGCCACGCCCGAUCUCGUGGUCCACACGAUUAAGAGCCAGGACGAGUUCAUGGUGCUUGGAUGCGACGGACUUUUUGACGUCAUGGAGCCCCAGGACGUUGUAAAUUUUGUGCGCGCCAAGCUGAGUCUACAUGGAGAUGUACAGCACGUGACAGAGGAGCUCGUGAGCCACGCCAUUGCACUCGGGUCAACAGACAACGUCAGCGCCAUCAUCGUCUGCUUCAACCAGGACGAGCGAGAAGUUGUACCUGUGACGCCCAUCGAGGCAGCACAAGCAGCAGAAGCUCAGAAAAAGCGUGCGGCGGCGGUGGCAGUGGGCACUCAGUGUGAGCCACAGCUUGCCUGCGUCCGCUCUACAUCGACUUGA